UUUUCUAUUGGGUAAAAGGUUCCCUCUUUGUGUCGAAUGUGCGGGUUCGCGUCCGAGACGCUCCAGCAAUGGCCGCGCCCACCAACCUCUCCUUACUGCCUCUUUUUUUUGUAGUUUGUUUUGUUUUGUUGUUCAGGCGAGCGGGUCCAUUGACUGAGUGAAUUAUUUCCCCACGCAGUGCAACGACUGGGAGACCGCUCCGUGCUUUCGUCAAACAAUCCCACGCUCACCUCGCACGACGCCUCGUGGGAGUUGUGAACGAAUUGCCGUCGAUGUGUGAGCCUUGAAAGGCUUCCUUCGAUUCGAUGGAAGCUUUCCGUCCAAGUAAUGUAAACCUGAGCGGCAUCUGACCCCGCCGUUGCCGUUAUGGGGCUGGACUUUGACGUGAAGACCUUCUGUCAUAACCUGCGGGCCACCAAGCCGCCUUACGAGUGUCCCGUGGAGAGCUGCCGGAAAGUCUACAAGAGCUACAGCGGCAUCGAGUACCACCUUUACCACUAUGACCACGACAACCCGCCUCCAGCGCAGGCCGUGCCCCAGAAGAAGCGCAAGGGACGGCCGCCGCGUGUGUCGCUAGCCGGGUCGCUGGAUAUGGACGACGGCGGCGGAGGUCAAGGAGGGCAGGGGCACGGCGGGAACACGCCUCGAAGCCCCGGUCGCUCCGAGCCCUCGCAUUCCCCCGGCAGAGACACGAUGACCUACGCCCAGGCGCAGCGCAUGGUGGAGUUGGAGAUCCAGGGACGCAUUCACCGCAUCAGCAUCUUCGAGAACAUCGACGUCGUGUCGGAGGAGGACAGCGACGCCGAGAAUGACCCGCCGUCCAUCACUGGCGCCAACUCCACAGGCGUGUGUAACGGUAGUGACGGCGGAGCCGGAGGUGGCGAGUUAGGCGGCGCCAGCAAGGACAGGCCCGAUAUGCCUUCCUCCAACGGGGGCAAAGCCACGCCCAAAUCCGGGAAGCAUAAAAGUAAAGAAAAGAAGAAGGACGGCUUGUCCCAUCACCACGGUGCUCAGUCGGGGCCCGCGGUCAAGCUGCCCGAGGCCGUCUUUCGAGAACUGGACCAAGAGAGACCUGACGCUCCUCCCCGGCCGUCGUCUUACUACAGGUACAUCGACAAGUCUGUGGAGGAGCUGGACGAGGAGGUGGAGUACGACAUCGACGAGGAGGACUACAUCUGGCUCGACAUCAUGAAUGACAAGCGGCGGCUUGACGGCGUCACUCCCAUCCCUCAGGAGGUCUUUGAGUACCUCAUGGACCGGCUAGAAAAGGAGUCUUACUUUGAAAGCCAUAAUAAGGCAGACCCCAGUACCCUUAUCGACGAGGACGCCGUAUGCUGCAUCUGUAAUGACGGAGAGUGUCAGAACAGCAACGUGAUCCUCUUCUGCGACAUGUGUAACCUGGCUGUACACCAGGAGUGCUACGGAGUGCCGUACAUCCCGGAGGGCCAGUGGUUAUGUCGUCGCUGCCUGCAGUCGCCGAGUCGAGCGGUGGACUGCGCCCUCUGCCCCAACAAGGGAGGAGCCUUCAAGCAGACGGACGACGCGCGCUGGGCUCACGUCGUGUGCGCCCUCUGGAUCCCGGAGGUCUGCUUCGCUAACACAGUCUUUUUGGAGCCCAUCGACAGCAUUGAGCACAUCCCGCCUGCGCGCUGGAAGCUGACCUGCUACAUCUGCAAGCAGCGGGGCUCUGGCGCCUGCAUUCAGUGUCACAAAGCCAACUGUUACACGGCGUUCCACGUCACGUGCGCGCAGCAGGCGGGCCUCUACAUGAAAAUGGAACCCGUCCGAGAGACGGGGGCCAACGGAACCUCAUUCAGCGUCCGUAAGACGGCCUACUGCGACAUCCACACGCCCCCAGGAUCCGCCCGACCUUUGGGAGGAGUCGGCGGAGCGAGUGUGGCGUCGUCUCAGAGCGAAGGAGAACUGGAGGAGGACGACGAGCCCGCCAUCGGCCACGAUGACGACUCCCGAGGCUGGAGCUCCGAGCGGGCCAAGAGGGCAAAGGCCAAGUCCAGGCUGAAGAUGAAGAGAGCCAGGAAGAUCUUGGCUGAGAGAAGAGCUGCUGCUCCAGUGGUGUCAGUGCCAUGUAUACCACCUCAUAGGCUAAGCAAAAUCACCAGCAAUUUAACAGUACCCAGGAAGAGCCAGUUCAUGCAACGGCUUCACAGCUACUGGACUCUGAAGAGGCAAAGCCGCAACGGUGUACCGCUGCUGCGGCGGCUUCAAACACACUUGCAGUCACAGCGACACAUUGAGCCCAUCCCGCCGCAGCCUUCAGCCCAGCUUCCUGUGUUGGACUGUGAGGAGAAACAAACGGUUUUAAAGGAGCAGUUAAAGGCAUGGCAGCGACUAAGACACGAUUUGGAGCGAGCCAGGCUGCUUGUGGAACUCAUCCGCAAGAGAGAAAAACUCAAGAGGGAGACGAUUAAAAUGCAGCAGAUGACACUAGAGAUGCAGCUGACUCCCCUCCUGGUGCUGCUGCGGAGUACGUUGGAGCAGUUACAGGAAAGAGACACUAACAACUUCUUCACUGAGCCCGUGCCCCUUGCCGAGGUGCCGGACUACUUGGACCAUAUUGACACUCCCAUGGACUUCCAGACAAUGUGGAACCUUCUGGAAUCCCAUCGCUACUUGACCUUUGAGGCAUUCGAGGGUGACUUUGGUCUGAUUGUCAACAAUUGCCUUAAGUACAACGCCAAGGACACUGUGUUCUACCGGGCCGCCCUGCGCCUCAGAGAGAUGGGCGGAGUGGUCAUCAGAACCGCCAGGCGGCAAGCGGACAGGAUCGGCUUCGACUACGAGACCGGCAUGCACCUCCCUCGAGAGGCCAGUCCGGACACUCGACGGGAACAAGAGCGGGCGCGCCAGCGGGAACGGGAAAGAGAACGAGAUUGGCCAUUGUCGUCUAAUGAAGAUGAUCUCCUCCUGCCAGAGAACAGGCGGCGCCUGCCUUUGGAGGAGCAGCUGCAUUACGUGCAGGCGCGUCUGGAGGAGACCAGCUCGGGGAAGCACAGCAUCGGCCAGUCUCGCAGAGCCAAAGCCCUCAGGAAGGAGCUCAGCGUCAUCAAGAGGAAGCUGGCUCACCAGCGAGAAGGGGGCUCGGGGGCCAGGGAUUGUCUUGGAGUAGGAGUAGAUCGGGGUUUGCUCCCGCAUCGCCCGUCGUCUGCGGGGCACCACGACGAAGGGGAGGAGAGCAGCAGUCAAGAGCUCGGUGGAAAGGAUCUGAACGUGUCCUCGUCCGCCUUGGCUCCAGAGGUGGGCCGACGGACAUCCGUUCUCUUCUCCAAGAAGAACCCCAAAAUGGCCGGACCUCCUAAAAGGCCUGGACGCCCCCCUAAAAACCGGGACGUGGGCUACGCUGCAGUGGGGGUCACCCCCAGCCCUAUCGGGCCCCCUCAGUUGCCCAUGCUGUCGCCGGGCAGACAAAGGAAGCGUCCCCGCAGCCCACACACCAGUUCCACUUCGGACAGCGACAGCGACAAUGACGACCUGCUGCCAGGUCUGCCAAGUAACGGUUUUGACGGGGGGAACCAGCCCGUGACAGAGAGCUUCCGCGUGUACAGAAAUGACACCCGUCUACCACGUUCUAGCUCAGACUCCGAGUCGACCACCAGCAGCAGCAGCAGCGCCGCCUCUGACCGGACCAGUACGACGCCCUCGAAGCAGGGCAGAGGAAAGGCGUCGUUCUCACGUUCCGCUUUCCAGGACGACAGUAGCGAGGAGACGUCCGGCACGGAAAACGAGUCGUACUCGGUCGGAGGCUCUCGCGGAGUUUCACACUUGGUGCGCAGCCGUGCCAGGUCCGGAUGCUGGAUGACGUCGGAGGAUUAUUCGUCGUUGGAGGCGCUGGACCUUGUGUGGGCCAAGUGCAGAGGCUACCCUUCGUAUCCCGCUCUGAUCAUCGAUCCCAAAAUGCCCCGAGAGGGCGUGUUUCACCGCGGCGUCCCCAUCCCCGUCCCCCCGCUGGACGUUCUUAAACUCGGGGAGCAAAUGACCCAGGAAGCCCGCGAGCACCUCUUCUUGGUCCUCUUCUUUGACAACAAGAGAACCUGGCAGUGGCUGCCACGCUCUAAGCUGGUGCCGCUGGGCGUGGACCAGGAACUGGACAAGGAGAAGAUGCUGGAGGGCAGGAAAUCCAACAUCCGCAAGUCGGUGCAGGUGGCCUACCACCGAGCCAUGCAGCACCGCAGCAAAGUGCAGGGAGACCCCAGCAGCGAGACAAGCGACAGUGACUGAAAGCGCAAG